AUGCUCUUGAUACUGACGAUCAGCGUUUUGACGAGGACUUGCCUAGCGAGUGACUUUUGGGUCUCGAAAUGGAGUAAUACACCUGUUGGACCUGAUGGUCCAUGGCACGCUUUGAACAUCUCGUGGGACGAUAAGCCAGCACAAAAUUUCGCGAUGCUCCCUUCGCUCACAAAGACAUCUUUGUUGAUCGCAGCCGACGCUUGCUCCACACAGAACUCGCAAUGUCCCAACCAAGUGUCAUCUGGCGACUGGCCGAUGUGGACAUCAUCCGCAGCACACAAGCCAUACCUUUGGCAGGAUGGUGAGCUGUAUAAUGGUGGCAACUGGGAUGAGACUGUAUCGUGGCCUCUCAACUUGACUGGUGAUGGACAAUGGGCGCACGAACGAGCUAUAGUGUGGAACACUGACGACGAGAAUGUCUCCUUGUACGAUCAAGCGAUUACCUUGACGCACAACUAUACUGUGAAUUCACCAGCUGGUGGAAUGUAUACUAUGAACGCUGGAUUCUUCUCGUUGUACGGAGGUCAAAACGAAUCUUCAUGGCUCAAUGCUACUGGAUCCAAUGUCACUCAGAUGAUUCAACUACCCUUCAUGAAGAACGUGUCGGCUGUCUCAUCCGUCUCUUAUGGCCUUCAUGUCGGCUCUCCAAGUCUGAGUCUGGACCCAAGUCUGGUGAUGGGAGGCUAUGAUCGGUCUCGUUGCUUGACCGAUCCUGUUACUACGCACAACACGACAUUCAUACUGGUUGAUGUGUCAAUCGGAUCUGCGGGCUCCGGAUGGCCCUUUGUUGAUCUGUACAGUGGCAUGGGUAAUCUUUCAGAGAACUCCCAGAGUGGUUUUCUCGAAAGAUCCGUGCAGAUCCUAGCGAAUCCAGGAGUCCCAUAUCUGUAUUUGCCUCAGCAAACAUGCGACUCAAUCGCAAAGUACCUUCCAGUGACUUACAACCAGGAUCUUGGUCUCUACAUAUGGAACCAGGACCUAGAUUCAAGCAACAGUCGUUAUAAGGAGCUGAUUGAGACAUCCACCUAUCUCUCAUUCAAUAUCCAAGACGAGUCCACGCAGGAAGACAAGCAACUCCAUGUACCCUUUGCGCUUCUCACUCUCGAGCUGGACUAUCCGAUCACAAAUAACAAAACACGUUACUUCCCUUGCAGACCGUACACGCCCCGCGACGGUCAACCGUAUCAUCUCGGACGUGCGUUCUUGCAGGCAGCACUUUUAGCACAGAACUGGGAAACAAAUACAACAUGGCUCUCACAAGCACCUGGCCCAAAUGCGACGGCCUCGUCUAGACCGGUCAUUAUACAACAGGGCGACACUACAAUCGCCGUAAUGCCGAACGCUCCUGCAUGGCUGUCUACAUGGGACGGCACUCUCAGACAAUCAAACUGGAAUCAGGUGCUCGGUAAUGGCACCACCGGCUCGACGUUGGCCGAGUCUGACACGAUCUCUGGUGGAACGAUCGCUGGAAUAGUCAUUGGUGCGUUGGCAGGUAUUGCUAUCAUCGCGGCUGCUAUUCUCUUCUACGUCCGACGCCGCCGUGCCAAGGCAGGAUAUGGUGAUGUCGCUUUGAUCUCAUUCGCAGACAGUGAGGACAGUCCGCACCGAACACCUGAACUGGAGCACAAGCCGACUCAUGAGGCUGGAUCUACCCCGGUGUAUGAGGUGGAGAGUCCAGAAAAGAUGAUGGGGAUGAGCGAGCUGCCUUCAUCGUCGCAUAAGAACAAACCAUCAGAGGUGGAAGGUAUCGGUAUUGCUGAGUUGCCUGGGCACGAUGUGCAGCCCAGAUAG